UACGACCCGAAAGACGUGUCUUAGCACAAGAGACCCUCCUGGGGUACAAAGGAAACUUUAAUUAAGAGUAACGUUCACUGUACUUUACCUUAAAACACUGGUUGUGGCUACCAACUACCAAUCCGCUCUCCGCUGUUAUUCGCAAACGUGGCCACGUAUUAACGAUGGAUUCCAAGCGUAUCUCUAUCUUACUUAGCUUCUGGCUGAUUUCAAGCUAUAUUUUGUUGGAACACUCUCAAGGAUUUGAAACCAGGUUAAGCAGCAAAAGAGUUCGAAGAAAACAUCAGAGACUUCAGCAACAAAAUCGUAGACAUGGGCGAAGUGGAAAGGAAAUGGCUCUUUCAAUGUUCUCGCGGUUCGUGGUAUGUGAGUUUGAGCGUUAGACUCCUCUGAUAUAUUUAAAGAAAAUGUGCGUAUUGCUGUUUUCUUUUCUGAGAAAUUCACUAAGCUCUUAUGAGGGUAAAUUUAAAGAAGAAAGUUGGCAAUCAUGGGCGAUAAUGAUCGAUACCGAGUGUCCCAACGAACCUACAAAAAUUAAUCGAAAAGUGGUAAAACUUUUUUCCUUAAGUAGUUUUUUGUCUGUUUGUUUGUUUGUUUCUCGUUUUUGUCUUUAAGUGCAACGUUUAUUUCUUAUCUUCCGCCUUUACUUUGAGCAGCAGGGUUUUUUUUUAGCUCUUAUAUGUAUAGUGAAAUACUGAAUAUUUAUGAUAGUAUUUUUUACCACUUAUUAACUGACUAACUGACGUUUAUAAUAUUUAUAUUUAUUUGUUAGAACGCAUCAAGGAGGUAUUCCAUCAAGCACAGAGGUUCCCAGCAGUCCAAAGUCAGCAAAUUGCUUAACAUUGAUACCCAAGAUGACCCAAAAUUGACAGCCGUCAAGUUAAGUGUGGAGGACGAAACAGAAUGACCACCAAAUUACAAAGCAGGUCAAAUGAGCAAGAACAAAACGCGUACGGCGUCUAAAGAGAAAAUAGAUUUUUAAAGCUUAAUUAAGGGGGCAUGAACGUCGCCUUUUUAAAACUCGAUACACCCUGUCGGUUUCGUGGUGAAUUACUAAGUAUCCGUUUGGGUCAGCCGCGUAGUUUUUCUGCCUCAUGUGUCGUUGGAAAGAUUUGUUCCACGCACGUACCGUACGAUAUGUUUUCCAGGCAUGAUGUACCGAUUUAGCAGGUUGCCUGUGGACUGAAAAGCUUUUCAAGACAGUCAUCUAGUUUGUUGGGUAUUCAUUUGUGCAUUUUUCUUUUUACCUUUUAUGCAUAUCUAGUUUCACUGAAACAGUCGAAGAGCGAUAGUACAAUCGUAAGGACGUAGAACUCCUGGGCCAGAUGUAAAUGCUGCUUCUAUGUAUUCCAAUAAAAAUCAGCUAGGUUG